AUGGAUUCGAAAUUCGACCGUUCGAUGUUCAUCAGGCUCUUCAUAAUACAGUGUCUAGCACUUGUUUCUGUUUCUCAGAGUUUUGAUUUUUUCUAUUUUGUACAGCAGUGGCCGGGAUCUUACUGUGACACCGAGGCAAGUUGUUGCUAUCCAACGACAGGAAAACCUGCACGAGAAUUCGGCAUCCAUGGGCUUUGGCCUAAUUACAAUGACGGUUCUUAUCCAUCCAACUGUGAUUCUGACAACCCUUAUGAUGAAUCGAAGAUCUCGGACCUGAUAAGCAGACUGCAAGCAGAUUGGCCUACACUGGCAUGCCCCAGCGGGAAUGGCUCAAAGUUUUGGGCACAUGAGUGGAAUAAACAUGGGACAUGCUCCGAGUCCGUGCUUGACCAACAUGGCUACUUUGAGGCCUCUCUCAACCUCAAGGAAAACUUAGACAUCUUCCAAAUCCUUCAAAAUGCUGGAAUCCAAGCAGAUGGGAAUAUGUACAGCUUGAGCAGCAUAAAAGAAGCUAUAAAAUCAGCAAUUAGGUACACUCCUGGUAUAACAUGUAACGAAGAUGCAUCCGGGAAUAGCCAGCUUUAUGAGGUUUAUAUUUGUGUGGACACAUCUGGCUCAAAGCUUAUUGAAUGUCCAGUGCUCCCCGGGACGAAAUGCUCCUCCAAAAUUGAGUUCCCUUCCUUCUAG